UGCUGGGAGGGCCGGACCCUGCGAGAAACGGGUGGGCGUGUGCCCGGUGGGCGCGGGAGGGGCCCGGGCUGCACAAGCGCGCGUGCGCCUCGGAGCCGGAGCCGCGGGAGGAGGCGGGAGCUGAGUAGGCGGCGGAGGGGGCGGGUCGCGUCGGCCGCCACGUCCGCAGCCAGAGGCCGCCGCCUCCAUCGCCGCCGCCACAGUCUUCUAGCUCCACAUCCUGAGAGGACGCCUCCGGAGCCGCGACUGCCCGGGGUUGUGCCGGCCGCCGCUGCCGCCCAGGCCGCCUCAGCACUCCUCGGCGCCGGCCCGCUCACUCCGCCCGGCCCCUGCCCUAGCGCUGGCCGCGACCCCGGCGCCUUUGAAACUUCUGCUGGUGUGAGUGCCCUCAAGGGUUCCCCAGGAAUAUCGAUACCACACCAACAGGGGAUCAUGAAUCAGACAGAUAAAAAUCAACAAGAAAUCCCAUCAUACCUAAAUGAUGAACCACCAGAAGGUUCAGUGAAAGAUCACCCACAGCAGCAGCCAGGCAUGUUGUCCCGUGUGACUGGGGGUAUCUUCAGUGUUACAAAGGGAGCUGUUGGUGCCACCAUUGGUGGUGUGGCUUGGAUUGGUGGAAAGAGUCUGGAAGUGACCAAAACAGCUGUUACAACUGUGCCUUCCAUGGGAAUAGGGCUGGUGAAAGGGGGUGUAUCUGCUGUGGCUGGAGGUGUUACAGCUGUUGGGUCUGCUGUUGUAAACAAAGUGCCCUUAACAGGAAAGAAGAAAGACAAAUCUGACUAAAAUACACACUUGUGCUCCACAGCACUAUAAUGCCAGUGGCAUUGAAUUACUAAAUUAUGGACUACAACCAAGUCAACCGUUUUGGACGUUUAUCUUCUAAACUGCUGUGUUGAAAGUAUUGAUGACUGGCUUUCAUCUAAAAAGAAGAGACCAAUACGAGCACAGUAUAUGAAGGUUUCUCAUACUUAAGUUUCCAGCUUUUUAUCUGGUAAAAUGUUACACUUACUCGGUUGUAACUGAAGAUAUGGUAUGUUUGAAUAUUUACUAUAAGUCUUUCAGUUUGACUAAAAAUGUGAAAGUUGAAUUUAGUAGAUGAUCUGCGCAGUUCCAUAUGUAUAAUGUGCCAGGUAACUCACCUGCCCCUUAAGAAGGGAACCUUGAAUUACAUAAGCCGUACCUUUGAUGUGCCUAAUAGUUUCAGAUGUCUUAGUUUUUUAUAACCAUAGUUGAUUAGGCCAAGAGGCAUUCAUUUCUUAUUUAAGCUGGCAAAAUUAGCAGGAAUUAGGGAAGUUUAAAAAGAAAAGAUAAAUGAUUUUAUGAUAAUGUUAACCAUCUUUUGUUAGUAAAUAUGCAUUCUAUUAUUUUAAUCAUUGAUGCCUUACAAAAGAAAACAUCUUUUCUAAUACCCUGCAUAUAUGCUGUUCUUAGAAUCAUCUAUGGAUUCUUUUAAAGGUUGUUUGUGAAAUUAGUUUUCCCUCUUUAGAAUCUCAGGAGUAGUGGGGUAAAGACAUUUCCUGCUGUCAGUGGAUAAGACAGUGCUUGUUAACUGUUUUGGCAGUAGUUAAAAUCAAAUCGUACGCUUCUCAGCCUGGGUUCAUGCUUCAUCAUUAAUACACCUCACAGUGCCUAAGGAACAUUUACUUACUGGUCAGAAGGUAUUUUGGAAGAGUUUCAUAUUAAGGAGGAACAAAUAAUAAUUUUAAGUUCUUAAAAAUUACCUAAAACACCCCAAAUAUAAAAAGAAGCCUUCACACCUAUUCUGUCUUUAGGAUGUCUUAAAUUAUUAGCAGUACUCCUUUUUUAAAAACACUGUAAAAGUAACCACAAAUGUGUGAGGACUAUUUUAAAUGGAAUGGAAUGAGCUCCAUAGAUUAGUUUUGAAUAUAAAAUAUAUAAAAGUGCUUCAGUGGUUUAUAUAGGCUUUAAAUCUUACAGUCCUUUAAAGCAGCUGUAGAGUUUGUAUCAUUUUUCAAGCCAAUUUCAGUCAGGGAUUUGAAGUGUUUGGUUAUGGAUGAUAAAUGUGUCAUAUCAUAUUAAUAUGUCUCAUGUCUCAUUCCUUCUCAGUAUGAUUUAGCUGGAAUUCAUUUUCUUUUUGUUUCAUGUUUAAUUUCAUAAAACAUUUAACAAUUGGCAUAUAUACUUGGCAUUCCUGUCCACCAAGGAUUAUAAUCCAAGCCUGGGAAAAUCUUAAAUUUCUUUUUACUUAAAUCUGGAAAUUUGUCUCCAUUCUGCAAACUUUUUUUUUUUUUUAUAGUGGAGGGGAGGAAAGGGGGGUGAUACCUUGCAGUAAGUAAGUCAAAAUAGCAUGCCUGAAAAUUUGAAACAGACCAUUCUAACACCCAAGGCUUGUUUAUAAAAUACUUAAGAGAAUUACAUUAAUGUGGAAUCAACAAAUGCAGAAGAAUAUAACAUAACUUUUAAAAGCUUUCAUAAAUACCAGCAGCAAUUGUAAGCAAAUCUACAAAGGUUCUUGAACCUUUCUGUUACAUACAAAACUGAAAAGUCAUUAAGGAGUUCAACUAAUCAGGAAUUAAAUGGUCAUUUAUUUCAUGCAGUAUGAUUUAAGGUAUUUCUUGGGAUUCUGGUCAAAUGUCAUAAUCAGCAAACGGGAUUAAAAAAAAACUCCAAAAUCAGUAGGUGAACACUAAAUAAUUAUCUAAAUAAUGGUAUUAGAGAACUUGUUUCCUGCUAUUUGGAAGAGAUUAUUGCUUCAUUGCUAGUUUGUAUUUCUGACUUCUACAGUUACAGACUCCACUGUGCUUUGUGUCUGAAUUUCUCAGUAUAGACAUUUUGUUUACUGUAUGCUUGCAUAUUUAUUUUCAACUUUGCCUGUCUUUAAAAUUUCUUGAGGAAAAAUGGUUGUAAUUAAUUUCUGCUACAGAAAAGCCACCUGGUACGUUUUGUCUCAUCAGGAUUGUUUUAAAUUCUAAACUAUAACUUUGUUCAGAGGGGCUUUUGCAAUGAUAGCAGGAAACUGUACAAAUGUACAGUUGGUUAUAGAGGUUCUUGUUGAAAUGAACUUACCAUCUGAUGAUAUGUAUGUACAGCUGUAUACUUGAGUCUUUUUUAGUUUACUUAGAAAGACUAGCAAUUUGACCUGUUAACAGGACUAGUUCAAGUCAAGAAACUAAGGUUGUUGUAUACACCUGGAGGCAUCUGUUAUUCAGCUUAUCCUUUGAGUGGGUAUUUGGCACAAUGAAGAUAAACUUAUGUGACCCACUUGAAUGGCUGAUCUAAUAAGGUUGACAUUAUGCAUUCUGUACUUAGUGAAAUGUCAGAUGAAAAUAACUGAUGAAUAAUUUUUUUUGUAUUAAAGGGAUGGGAAAAGAACACAUGAAUUUGUUAAUAAAGCACUAUGAUCUGCAAACGAUGGAAUGUUUCAUAAAGAUCUAAAGAAAUAAAGGAAACUUUAAAACAGGG